GGGGAUGUGGUGCUGCCUGAGCAGCCACUGCAGCUGCUGCUGCCUGCUCGUGGCCGCGUCUUCCCGGAGGCGACUGCUGGAAGCUUUAGGGAGCAGCUGCGGUGCUCUGCCAUAUUGUGUCUUCCCUGGCCGGUCCCUUGCCUCCCGGCCGGUCGGCCGAGCUGACGUUGGUUGAAUCCAUGGAUACAGAACCCACAGAUGGAGAGGGCUGACUGUACAAGUCUGUCAAAAAACCAAAGUGCUGGUUGGCUAAUAAUUGGUCACUGUAUGACUUAUAGUACAGGUGAUAUUACUUCUGAUUCUAGAUGAACUAUAAGAGUAAAUGGGUCCAGUAAUUGGAAUGACUCCAGAUAAGAGAGCUGAAACCCCAGGAGCUGAAAAGAUUGCAGGAUUAAGCCAGAUUUACAAAAUGGGAAGCUUGCCUGAAGCUGUUGAUGCUGCCAGGCCAAAGGCCACUCUAGUGGACAGUGAGUCAGCAGAUGAUGAGCUCACAAACUUGAACUGGCUUCAUGAAAGUACUAAUCUUCUAACAAACUUCAGCCUCGGAAGUGAGGGUCUUCCAAUUGUUAGUCCAUUGUAUGACAUAGAGGGAGAUGAUGUGCCAUCCUUUGGACCAGCUUGCUACCAGAACACAGAAAAAAAAUCAGCAACUUCAAAGCCCCCAUACUCCUUUAGUCUUCUCAUUUAUAUGGCUAUUGAGCACUCUCCAAAUAAAUGUUUGCCUGUCAAAGAAAUUUAUAGCUGGAUUCUGGACCAUUUUCCAUAUUUUGCUACUGCACCAACAGGCUGGAAGAAUUCUGUUCGACAUAAUCUGUCCCUGAAUAAAUGUUUUCAGAAAGUGGAAAGAAGCCAUGGCAAGGUUAAUGGAAAAGGUUCCUUAUGGUGUGUUGAUCCGGAAUAUAAACCCAAUCUUAUCCAGGCACUGAAGAAGCAACCUUUUUCUUCAGCAUCUUCGCAAAAUGGUUCUUUAUCACCUCACUAUUUAAGCUCUGUACUCAAGCAGAACCAGAUGCGAACCCUCAGAGAAUCUGAUAUCGAUGCUGCUGCUGCAAUGAUGCUUUUAAAUACUUCUAUAGAACAAGGAAUUUUAGAAUGUGAGAAACCUCUUCCUCUUAAAACAGCAUUGCAAAAAAAGAGGAGUUAUGGCAAUGCAUUUCAUCAUCCCAGUGCUGUACGAUUACAAGAGAGUGAUUCUUUAGCCACCAGCAUUGAUCCAAAAGAAGAUCACAAUUACAGUGCAAGUAGCAUGGCAGCACAGCGUUGUGCAUCCAGGUCUAGCGUGUCUUCCCUGUCUUCUGUAGAUGAGGUAUAUGAAUUUAUCCCAAAGAAUAGCCAUGUGGGAAGUGAUGGCAGUGAAGGAUUUCACAGUGAAGAAGAUACAGAUGUUGAUUAUGAAGAUGAUCCUCUUGGAGACAGUGGCUAUGCAUCACAGCCUUGUGCAAAAAUCUCUGAAAAAGGGCAGUCAGGCAAAAAGAUGCGAAAACAGACAUGUCAAGAAAUUGAUGAGGAGCUCAAAGAAGCAGCUGGAUCUCUGCUCCACCUUGCUGGAAUUCGUACAUGUUUAGGUUCCCUAAUAAGUACUGCAAAGACGCAAAAUCAAAAGCAACGGAAAAAAUAGAAAUACUUAAAGUGUGGCAAUACUCUUUCACUUAAUUCUUUACAAGGGAUAUCAAAGCCAUAAUGGACUUCAUUAGUUUUAGGGUAGGGAAGGGAUACGAAUUACUUAUUUCUUUCAAAACAUUUUUGGUUUUUGGUUUUUAAAAUUUUUAUUAAACAAUUGCUGUUAGGAUCAUGCCUGAUCAGAAAUAUAUGAUGUGAAGUCCUGAAAGCAUAAUUUUUGUGGUGUCUCCAAGAUUUGGAAAUUUUUGUAUAAGAAAAUCCCCAGCCUCUGUCUUAAACUUGUGGGACAAAAAUCCUUUCUUCUGUUAAUAUGUCAGAAUGUAAGAUUUGGCAACUCUAUAAAUUUUUUUCAUUUUCUUUUCCAAUCUGUAACUAUAGUUACUGAACCAGCUAAAAAUUUUGCUAUUGUACUUUUCAUAUACUUCUCUCCUGACACACAAUCCGGUAACAUAAGAUUGAAAUUUUUUUACUUUAUUUUAAUUUGUUUUUAAUUUUUUUUGUUGUUGUGGUGUGGGCAAAGACAAACAUAAAUUGAAAAACAUCCUGAUGUUUAGAAAAAGUUUCUUUUGGUUACAUAGGUAGAGAAUGCAACAAAGAGUUCUAAGGUUUAAAAAAGACAAUUUUGUGGUGUUAUUUCAUCCAAGAACACUCCCAAUUCCUAUUACAAUGGUAGCUUUGAAGUGUUUUUACUUCACAGAUACUGCAUAGCAUUUAUUGGGGCCUUUUAUUCUUGCCCAAAGUGCUUUGCAAACAUUAAGUUUUAGCCACUAGCUGCCUUUGUUGAGUAUAAGUUAUCCAAUGAGAGGAUAUAGCCAAUUAAGUGUGUUAUGGAGUACACCCAUUUUGACACACUUGUAAUAAGAGAAUCUUUCAUUUGCCUGCCACAUGUACUGCAUUCUGAGAAUCUUGUAAUAGGAAUGGAGUGUAAUGAAACAUUCUGAGUACUAAUUGCAUAUGUAUCAUAAAGUAGGUCAUUUAGGAAAAAACUUCUGUCCAAGCUUUGUAUGGAUUAAAUUUAUAAGUAUAACAAAUUAAAUCUUAAUAGAUUUAAUGCAAUUUUGCAAACAAAAUUACCUUCAUGAAUUUCAAAAUUCAUAUAAAAUUAGAUCUUAUGCAAUACACCCUUUUGAGGAGGCAGUGUAAUAACCUAUAGUGCCAUUGAUCCAUGAGAAAAAGAUUUUCUGGUACUACUCCAAAAGUGCUUUGACUGAGUAUCUUAUUUGAACAGUCUGCUUAUAUGAGACAGCUUUUCAUAGUAUCAUUUGUAUAAUUUGAUUAGAUUAUUCAGAAACAACAGGAUGCUAAACUACACUUAUUCAUUCUACCUUUUUUUUUUUUUUUUUUACGAUGAUGGAAGCAACUUUCCAGAAGUUCAGUCUUAUGCUACAUCCUAAGUCAUAGACAAUGACCUUGUUUUCAUCAUUCUGAUAGAUUGUAUACAUAUGUACACAUACAUACACACAUGCACAGUCAAGGUCAUGAUGUUGAUUUGCUGUUUUCAGCUGUUUCUAUGAUUAUAAAGCAUUUUUUAAGAGACAGAUAUUUUAACUUUCAAUUUUUAUUUUGGCAAAACUGUCAAAUGAGAAAAAGGAUUUUAAACACUUUUUUUUUCAAUUGACAAGACUUUAAGUCAGGGAUAACAGUAUUAAUGUUCUCUGUUCCGUUUCCAUGUUUAAUUUAACCUGGAUAGCCACAUUAAUGAAUUGGUGCUAUCAAAAUAUAGUAAUUUUUAAAUUUGUUAAUAAUGAAAAAUAACCCUUAAGCAUGCAGGAUGAGGUAUUUGGGUUUUUUCUUUAUAUCGGUCACAUCUACAGAAAAUGGCUAAACCAAGUUAACUUUUAUUAUAGACAGUGAAUAAAACACCAAAAACCCAAAAAUGCUUUAACCACAGUGUAAAUAAUAAAGAAAUUACACUCAUCAUUUUAAUAACUGUUUUUAAGUUUUUACCAUAGCCUUCUGGAUAGACCUUAGGAACAGUGUUUCAGUAAUCUGGCACCAAUUUAUUUUGUUCUGCUGAAAUUCUGUAUCACAAAUGUGCUACCUGGUUUCUGUCCAUAAGAUAAUUACUCUUUCUUUAUAAGAAAAGGAAAGUGAUCUAAGAGAAGCAGAGUUAGUUCCAGCUCUAAUAGGGAUCUUCAAAGUUAUUUUGUCUUGAUGUAUGUAACAGUAAUUCUUUACAUCUUUUGAUUUUUCUCUUCCUUUUUAUUCACUCUUCCCACGAAUUUACAUGUUUAAGUUAUAUUCAUCACUAGCAAGGACGAUAAACACUUCUGCACUGAAAGCUAACAGGGAGAGAUUACACAAUAUUUUACAGUUUCUUAAACUUAAUUUAGUGCAUCACCUUCCACUUGCUAACAUACCAAGCCAGUUAUUUUCCAGGGGAAGCACCUUUUAAAUUGUGGUCCUCCAGUUACUACUUCCAUUGAGAUCAUGCUCUCAUUCCUCAGGUGUUUUGAGAAACAUGACUAAUAACCAUAUAAUUAAGUAGAAUCAUUCCAAGUCCUAUGGCCUGGAAAUUGUAUUCCCGAUAAUACACAAGUUUUCCUGUAAUAAAGUCAAUUUAGAAACUCCAAGGUGAUUACAUGUUUUCCAACAUAUCCUAAAACUGUGAUAUAAGCUAACAUAUAUUUUGCCUUACGUCAAAAGAAUAUGUUUUGUUGCAGCUGAUUCCAGUUUAUAAUAGAUCCCUAGUAAAAAGCUUUGAUUCAGCACGAUUGUUCAUCUUCACAUCCCAAACAGAAUCAGUGUUUCUUGAAUAUAUAUUUUUGAAGUUUUUUGUGCAAUAUAUUACUAAAUCAGUUAUUAUUUUACUUUUCAAAUUCAGAGAAAGAAAACAGAUUACCUGAAUUGAUGGAAAAGGUGGAUCACCUCCCUUUUUCCACCUUCAAAGCUUUUCCUGUCCUCAUAGCCAGCAUGACUUCUUUUAACUUGGAUUCCUUUGUAUAUAGUAAAGUUUAGUAUAUAUAUUUUUUCUUUUGCUACUUUUGGAGGCAUUAUGUAAAGGGCUCAUACUAGAUGUUCAGUUAAAUAUGCUUUAGCACAAAGUCAAACUAGAGAAUGUGUUAAGGAGGGAAUGUAUGUGUCUUGGUAGACCAGGAGGCCUUUCCCAGCAAUUUAAGCAACAGAUGUGAAUACUUCACAAAGCUGUAAAGACCAUUGUCUUAAAUACUGCAACAACUUAACACCCUUUUGUGAAGAUCAUAGCAUUUAUCUAAGAAACUUUGAGGCUUUCUGGUUUACAUAUAUCUUACAGUUUUUUUUUUUUUUUUUAGUUUGAAAUGUGUAAGCUUUGAUUUAAACCAAGUUUACUUCAGUAUGUUAAUGAUGUAGUAAAAAUAUUUAUUGAAAGGCGAAUUAGAGUAUUUUAAUGUUAUACCUGCCAUUUUUUUCUUAAAGCAUAUUCUUUGCAUCUAACUGCCAGUGCCAUUGUCAAAACUUAUUUUUUAAAUCGUUGUACAUUUCUUAUUAAACUAAGUGCUUAAUUUUAAAGUAUUAUGUUGCCAUCAUAUAGUGUAUAAAAAUGUAUAAUUGCCAAUUGAUUGUUAACUAUUAUUUAUUUUUAAAUGAAAGUGUAAGAAUGCUUUCUGAUUCAACAAAUUUGUUAUCAAACUGUUUCCUUAUCCUCUUUUCUGAUGUAGCAUAAAAAUUGUUCCGGUUUGAGUUAUAACUGCCAGUAGAUGACCAGUCACAAGUGAACCACUUUUCAGUUGCCAGUCUUUGCUCAUAUUAAAAACAACUUACAAAUGCUUAGUUUUUGUAUCUAAUCUCUGAUUAUUAAAAUGUUUAUAAAGUUUAUUUUUACCAAAGAGAUGCAAUUCAUUAUGACAAAGUGUUGCAUAAUAAAUUUGUUUUAUAAUUUU